AUGGAUGGUGGAAUCCCACCAGAAGAUGGUUCAGAUCAGCAGGAACUAGGAGACCAAGGCCCAGAACUGGAACAAAAUACACGGAGCUUAAUCUCAUCAUGCCGGGGCUUACCAUUGGCUAUAAUUUUAGUCGCCAGUAUGUUGAGAAGCAGGACACUUGAUUUGGAAUCUGUGAAAGUCAGCCUUGGCAUGAUAAAUUCUUCUGGAAGAGGUCCCGAAUCUUUAAGUUACUACAGUUUGCCACUUGGUAUAAGCUCGAGUUUUCUUUAUUUGGGAAACUUCCCAAACAAUUCAGGGAUUCAGGUAGACAAAUUGUGUGAGCUUUGGAUUGCUGAAGGUCUGAUAUCAGCGUAUAGGGAAAGCGGAGAAACAACGAUGGACUUGGCAGGGCGAUAUUUUGAUGAACUGUUGGUAAGGAGCUUGGUAAUUCUGCAUGAAGAUGAAGUCUCAGAUGUAAAACUCAUGUCCUGCCACGUUCAUGAUCUAAUAAGAGAUUUCAGUGUAUCACUUGGAGAAGAGGAGGGAUUUUAUGAGGUCAUGGAAUCUUCCAUUAAUCAUCCACGAAUGAGGUCAUCUGCACAAAGGUGUGCUAUAUAUUUGAAUAGAUAUGACAACUUAGCUGAUGUUUGCCCCUCUGCUAACCUUCGGUCUCUUUUAAUCCUCAACUCUGACCAAUCAGGGCAAGAACAUACAUGGCGACAGGAAUUUUUUAAUUUCAAUAAUCAUAGAUGGCUAAGAGUUCUAGAUUUUGAUAAAGUAUGUUUUCAGGAUGGAAAGCUACCAGACGGAGUAAGCAAGUUAUUCUUCUUGAGAUACUUGAGUUUUCGAGGAAGUUACCUGGAGGAUUUGCCAUCAUUUGUUGGUGAAUUUUUAUACCUGGAAACCCUAGACCUGAGGGUUCGAAAUGAUUGUACAUUGACAAUUUCAAAUGUCAUUUGGAAGCUGAAACGACUAAGACAUCUAUACUUCCCUCUAGCAUUUCGAACUCCUGAUCAUUGUGGUAUGUUAAAACUGGAUGGCUUGAAUGAACUGGAGACACUAGAAGGUUUAGAUACAAAUGUUUGCAGUGCUGAGGACCUCAUAAAGCUGACCAACCUUCGGAGUCUAGCAGUAACUGUGGAAGGAAAGCUGAAGGACUUGGUGCAGAUAAUCAACUGCAUAAACAAUAACUCGAGCCACUUGAGCAGGACAUUGCUUGACAUAAAAAAUUUUGAUUGUUACUCUGAAGAGCGGGUGUCAUUCAUUCCAAGUUUGUUCAGCUGUGGUGUACUUAAAUCUUUGAGAAUGGAAGGGCAUAUGGGAAAAGUACCAGAGGUUAGUACAAUCUCUUCCAGCUUUACCGAGAUUGUGUUAAGCGGUUCUGAGUUUGAACGAGAUCCAAUGGAAACACUGGAGAAGCUUCCCAACCUAAGGAUCCUGGUCUUAGAAAUUGAGGCAUUCGUGGGAAAGAAUAUGAAUUGUUCUGCCCCAGGUUUUCCUGAGCUCAGGUGUUUAAAACUCUCCAAAUUGUACAGUUUAGAAGCAUGGGAGGUUGCCGAAGGAGCAAUGCAUAAGCUUUUUACUUUGGAAAUUUCGAAGUGCAGGAGAAUGGAAAUGCUUCCCGAGGGACUAAAGUAUGUCAGUUCUCUCAGAAAGCUGAAGAUUAGCAUGAUGCCAGAACAAUUUGUAGGCAGGCUACAUAAGGUAGAUGGAAUAGGUGGAGAAGAUCUUCACAAAAUCAACUCCAACUGUGCCAUAAAAUUUGGCAGUGAUGAUCGUUGGCUUUGA